GAGUCUUUUCCAUUCAAUCUUUACAGAAAACAUCGUGUUUUUUUAGUUUCUCACAGUUCUUUGCUUUUCCUGAAACACACUUUCAUUUUUCUCUUUUCCAUCAGGAUUUUCUCAUCAGUGUGAUUUGAUUGUGAGGAUGGGACACACUCUGCUCUGUAAACUGGAGUUCAUCUUAGUGCUGUAUUCACUCCUCCACAGUGGACACACUGAAGACAGAGCCAGAGCCACACUGACAGCAGCAACAACAACUGUGUCAGUAGGAGACAGAGUGACACUGAUCUGCUCUGUGGAGAAAUCUGCUGGUUGGAAAUAUGAGUGGUUCAGAAGAACCUCACACACCUCUGAAUACAGAAUGAACGAUGGACUAAAUGGAAACAUCAGAGUUUCACAAGGAGGAAUCUACAGAUGCAGAGGAUUUAGAGGAGAACCAGCCGUCUACUCUGAUCCAAGUGAUGAAGUCACCAUUCAAAUAACCUUUUCCAACAAAGUCAGUUUAACCCAAAAACCCAGCUGGUCUCAGAUCUUCAGAGGAGAGAGGAUCACUCUGACAUGUGAGGUUCAGGGAGGUGAAGGAGUUCAGUGGGAGUAUGAAUGGAGAAGACCUCAGUCACAGACAUUCAGGACAAAGCAGAAAGACUGGACUAUCACAGCUUCCAUCAGUGGAGACUACAGCUGUAAGAGCAGACCCACAGAUGAUUCAUAUUCUGCUACAAAGUGGAGUAAAGCUUUAAGGUUAUCUUUCUUAGCUGCCAUCGCACAGAGGAGCGCGAAGCUCCGAUGA